GCGUGUGCUGGUGCUGGGCAGAGCAGCGAGAAGUGUGUCUUUCUUCGAAAGCAGAAGAAAAGCCGAAGAAUCGACAUCAGGUCUCGUUCAACAUCUGUUGUCAGUGUUUUACCCCAGGAGACGAAACGAACUCUGGGGUAAAAAGAUGGAUGAGAUGAUGAACAUAAGUUUCCACGCUGAUGACGACGUCAAAGUCCGUCCGGCUGUGGGGGAACAAAUGCUCUACGAGUGGACCGUCGAAGAUUUGAAGACCCUGUGUAGUCGAAUAAAAGAAGCUUCACUUCGGUUUCAAAAUGCGCUCAAUGCGUCCUACACCAAAACCGAAAAUCGUUUAGACUGGGAAGAAAUCGCCUUCGCGGGACAUGACUCAGAAGAGUGUCGCACCAAAUGGCAACAAGUUUGCUCCAAUAUUCGAACUUACCGCACAAUGGCGGAAAUUGUUGAAGACGCCGAGCAGUGGCUAAGCAAAGGUCCUCGGAGUGCGAAAGUUGCGGGGAAAUAUCACCCUGACAAACCAUCUAGACCACCAACGAUCUUCUUUAAAUUCCUCAUGGAGCAGUUACCGAAGGUGAAAGCAAAGUAUCCAGAGCUCACUCACCGACAAAUCGUGUCGAAAAUCGGGGCAAUGUACAAAACAAUCACACCCAAGAAGCUCAAUCAGCUGAAAGCAGAAUUCUUGAAAGAGCAAGAAUCGUACAAGACCCGCUUGGAAGAGUUCUACCAAGCUCAUCCGGGCGUGAAGCCCACGAAAGUUCCUGCGAGUACCGCGCCGAAAGGCACUUCUGGACUUGCCUUCUUCAUCGCGGAGAAGAUGCAGGACCCCAUGCACGCUAAUAGUUCGAAAGAAGAGCUACGAGCUAAGUGGUUGGAGUUGAAGGAUAAGAAAAAGGUUGCGUACAUCGAGAUGGCACUAGAAGCUCAUCGUAAGAACGCGGGAGCUGCGUCCUUCAUGGCGAAACCGACCAAGGAUGUGCUGAGUAAAGAGGAACGCAUCAUUUACGAUCGAUUCUUGGGCAAACCCGAAAAACCCCCGAUGUCAGGCUUCGCCCUCUUCAAGAGCAUAGCUAGCGCCACGAAGCAUCAGAACUUGAGCGUCGCGGAAAGAAAUAAGGAGAUCACGUUGAGCUGGAACAACUUGUCCCGACCAGACCAGAACAAGUUCAAUAAUGAAGUAAAGAUCUUCAAGCAACAAUACGAUAGGAAGAUGGCGGAGUAUUUGGAUCGACUGGCGCAGCGAGAACAGAGGAUUACGGAGGCUGCCAGUAGUCUUCACUCGAGUGACGUCCACGGGUCUGAUCCCGCACCGAUUUCCAAUGGGUCGUCUGCACCUAAGCGGGUCAAGCUGGAGGAAUCGACGAAAUGUUCGAGUGAGAGUCCAAAAAAGCCUCACUCCAAGUCACUCGCUGUCACCAAACCGAGCAAGAAAACUCCCAAGCUGACUGCUCUCGCGUGGUAUCAGGAAAGUCAAUGGUCGGAAUGGAGGGAAUUGAAUCCGGGCCUCUCCGAUGCAGAACUACGGUCGGCAAUCGCGGAGGACUACGCCACGUUGUCCGAGAAGAAGAAGCAGAAAUGGGCGCGAAAAGCUGAGAAAGAGAACGAACGGCGGAAACAGCAAUAGGAAGCUCUUGAUGUGAGAUACGAGCAUCAUGACACGACGCGCGUCGUAGGAUACCUUAUGAGAGACACAAUCGAGGUUUCUCUCCGGAAUCGAUCUCAGGAGAUUGAUUCCUUUGUAUAUUGCGAAUGCUCGGAAGGGUUUCGACGAUGAAUAAAUUAGAUCUCCCAUCGAUCUCGAU